GUCUGCUGGUCAGUUGGUGGUAGGUUCGUCCGGCCCUCGGCUCACAGCGGCCCACAUAUUCACUCCGGCCGUCUUCCGCUCUUCCGCGACGCGACGCAAAGCUCGAAAUAUUCGUCUCUUUACCGCGCUACAAACGCCUUCAGGAUGAGGGCAUUGCUGCGGCUGUGGUUGCUGCUGCUGGCGGGAAGUUGGCGGGGCGGGAUAUGCCUGGACCCCGAGCAGGACACCGACGCCGAAGUGGAGGCUCGCGACUAUUUGAACUACCUCAACAAGGAGAUGGAUCGCAGGACCAACCUCAACAUGCUUGCUGCUUGGAAUUACGCCUCCAACAUCUCCGAAGAAAACCUCGCCAAACAGAUUGCGGUGGAGGCGGAAAACGCAAGAUUCCAAAAGGAGCAAUGGCGAGAGAUGAUGAAAUACCCGUGGCAGAGCUACAAGAACGACGAUAUCAAACGACAGUUCUCCAUGUUCGCCAUCCUCGGCUCGGCAGCCUUGCCGGAUGAAAAAUUCAUCGAGUAUCAAAAGACCUUAGGGGACAUGGAGUCCAUCUACAGCCAAGCUAAAGUUUGCGAUUUUAAAAAUAAAACCAACUGUGAUAUGCACCUCGAGCCAGAAAUUACAGCUAGAAUAGCUCAAAGCCGGGACCCUGAGGAACUGAAACAUUACUGGGUCGAGUGGCACAAAGCCAGCGGUGCAAAAGUGAAGCACUUAUACCCGAAAUACGUCGAACUGGCCAACGAAGCCGCAGUUAUGAACAAUUUUACAGACACUGCUGAGUACUGGCUGUGGUCUUAUGAGGAUCCGCACUUCCAGGAGGAGAUUGCUCAUUUGUGGCAGCAACUGAAACCUCUGUACCUGCAAAUCCACGCUUAUGUACGUAGAAAAUUGAGGGAAAAAUAUGGAGAAAAUAUUGUCCCGAGAAAAAGACCGAUUCCAGCCCACUUAUUGGGGAACAUGUGGGCCCAGCAGUGGAAUCUCAUCUAUGAUCUAACCACUCCAUUCCCGGGGAAAAGCUCAGUUGAUGUCACUCCACAGAUGUUACAUCAGGGCUACACGCCGCGGAAAAUGUUCCGAUUAGCAGAGGAGUUUUUCACGUCAAUGAAUCUGAGCGCGAUGCCGGAAACAUUCUGGGAGUACUCUAUUCUGGAGAAACCGAAAGACAGGAACAACAUCGUCUGUCACGCAUCCGCCUGGGACUUCUACGACGGCAAGGAUUACCGAAUUAAACAAUGCACGACUGUAUCCGCUGACGAGCUAUCAACGGCACACCAUGAAAUGGGACACAUCGAGUAUUUUCAACAAUACAGGGAUCAGCCACACAUAUAUAAAAAUGGAGCCAACUCAGGUUUCCAUGAGGCGGUGGGCGAUGUGAUAGCUCUCUCGGUGCAAACUCCAAAGCAUUUGCGAAAGAUAGGACUCAUGGAGCCGAACACGGUGACCGACCCGGAAGCCGAGCUCAACCAUCUCUUCCACGUCGGACUCGAGAAGAUCGUGUUCCUACCCUUCGCCUACACCAUGGACCUGUGGCGCUGGGAUGUUUUCAGGGGACAGAUCACUAAGGAUCACUACAACUGUGCUUGGUGGAAGUUGAGGACUGAUAUUCAAGGAGUUGAGCCACCCGUGGAUCGUUCGGAAGACUCGUUCGACCCCGGAGCUAAAUAUCAUAUCGUGGCUGGCGUUGAAUAUCUCAGGUAUUUCGUGAGCUUCGUGAUUCAAUUCCAAUUCCACCAGGCGAUGUGCGAGGCGGCCGGGCAGUUCGACCGGAGAAAUCCAAUGAGCAAACCGCUACACGAGUGCGACGUCUACCAAAGCAAAGAGGCUGGAAAUCUAUUAGGGAGCAUGCUGCGAUUAGGAUCUUCGGUGCCAUGGCAAAAAGCGAUGGAAAUCAUGACCGGUCAAGGAAAAAUGGACGCGUCGGCUUUGCUCCAGUAUUUCAGCCCGCUCCAGCAAUACCUAGAACGAGAGAACAAGCGGACGGGUGAAUACAUCGGAUGGACCGCAUCCGAAAGAAAAUGCGUGCAAACAGAGGAAGAAUUGGAAAGGAUGAGGGCUGCAGCGACGACUGAACAAAACGCUGAGGAGGCGAAAUGAUAUUGGCUCUAUUUGCGCAAACUGGCAGUUUGGCGCAAAUUGAAUGAAAUACUGGAACGGGAACGGAUUUUGAGAGAGCUCAGUAAAGUCAUCGAUCGCUAUAAAUAAGUUUUUCAAAGGAAGAGCUUUUGAUGGGAAACCCGAAUUUCAAGUAUUUUGAUGGCGAGUGGGGGAGGGUUCAAACUUAUAAGUUUCUUUUACGUAUAAAACGAGCACUGUCUGCCGGUGACCUUAUCAAAAUUUCCACGAGCUCACAAUAUUGAAGGAGUCAUUAAGUGUGAACUUCAUUUUAUUUUUUUGUUUCUGUAUUUUGAAAAAGGAAAGAUUGAUGAGUUCCAAUUACAAGAGACGCGGAGUUCUGAAUGUGUUUAUUGCUUUUACAUUGGUUUUUUAACUUUUAACCUGUUAUUUUCAAAAUUUACAAAAAACGCAAUACUUGGCGUUUUUAAUGUUAUUCAAGCGCUGAAUUCUUAAAUAAUGAAAAUGAUAGGAUACCGAAUGCAGAUGGUGGAGGUGAUACACCUGGCUUAGCAGCGAACAAAAAAACUUAACACCCACCCCGAUAAAUAAAGGCCUUCAUUUAUUGAACGUCCUCGUUGUUGAUUUCUACUUAUACGUGUAUUUCUGCAAGAUGCAAGGCAGUAUCCUGUUCAAGCCUGAAUUAUUGGGCACAGUGUGGAUGCUUCGUUCAGCGAAUCUUGCGAAAACUUACGAAAUCUUCAAGGCAUGCAGGCUCAUCUCUCAGAAUAUUUCACUCAAAAAAUGUUUGGGAACUACGGGCUUGAUUAUUUUUUAAUUUAUGUUAUCUCCUCUGAGCAGCAGGUGAAUGAAACACGGAACGGUACACCCUGACUUGGGGGACAAGGAGAAAGAGUCAUCGAAAGAGCGCUCCAGAGUUUGGGAAAAUACCUGCAGUUCAGUUCUUUAUAAGAAAACAGAUUUACGAAAAUUAGGAGAGUGAUAUUCACUUUAAUUGUGACGCCCUGCUUACUUGAAUUUGGAGUGCUAUUUUGCUUUAAAGUUGAUUUUGUAUAAUAAAACAGUCUCUUCGUUACGAUUACA